AUGGACCCUGUUGAGUGGUCCAUUCCUCGGUGGCAGGCGACGCAGCGGCGAAGGAUAUCUUUCAUAAUCUUCAAGAUGGAUACGUGGAUGGCUUCCAGCUUAGGAAGACCUCCCCUUUUGAGUGAAGAAAACUGGCUCGUCACCUCUAUGUCUGCCGAGGAUGGAUAUGGAGCUUGCAUAGACGAGGCGGAUUGGAGAGACUUCAUCCAGCAUGCCCAGCUCGUGUCUACUCUACGCAGGGUGCUCUCUGAACUCCAUUCUUUGAGGGCUUUAUCUCGAUUAUCGUCCAAUCUUCAGCAAACAUCGGGUAUUUCCAUGAAAAUCCUAGAGGAGCUCUCCAUCUGGCAUAAUACUACUACCAUAUCGUCCGCGGAUGACGCACCGGCAUCUGUGAUUAACUUAUUGGCUUACCACUACACACAUAUCAACAUCUGCCGUGCCCUCUUACGGUGCCAUGCCACGGAUGGGCAAUCGACAAUCGAUGCUGAUAUGCAGCGUGCGCGCCACGAGGCUGGAAAGUGCCUGUCAAAUGCAUUACUUUUCGUCAACAAGCUGAAACUUGAUGCCUCUUCUCAAUUUUGGCCAGCUUGGGCGCCAUUGGCAUUUUCUUCAAUCGUCAACCUCAUGCUGCAUUUGCUCGUAAUGUCAAGCUCCUCAGAGGAAGCCAAGCAGAGAAUGCAGACUGUUCGCGAUACCCGCGAGUCGCUCAGAAUAAGGUCAAAACAACUGCCUGUUCUUAGAUUAGGACUUUUGAGGAUAGAUUCUGUAUUUUGGAAAGGUCUAGACCAAAUCUUUCUCUUGCAGCCACAUAUAUACGAAGCUCUCAGCCCCGAGUUUAUGGGCUUGCAAAACGCCGCCUAG